AAAGCUGUCAAGGGUCAGAGCAGAGCGCUGGAUCGCCUACGGAAGAAGAUGAACGAGCAGGAGUCCUGUCUGCUCCUGCACUCCCCCACCAUCCCAUUCCGCAUCCACAACAAACAUGGCAAGAGCUACCUGUUCCUGUUGUCCUCUGACUACGAAAGAUCUGAGUGGCGAGAAGCCAUACAAAAACUGCAGAAAAAAGAUCUCCAGGCCUGCGUCCUAAGUUCAGUGGAGCUCCAGGUCCUCACCGGCUCCUGCUUCAAGCUGAGGACCGUCCACAACAUUCCUGUCACCAGUAACAAAGAUGAUGAAGAAUCCCCCGGUCUUUACGGCUUCCUCCAUGUCAUUGUCCAUUCUGCCAAGGGCUUCAAGGAAUCUGCCAGUAAGUGAAGCCUGUCACUCCCCCAACCCAG